AAUUAGUAUUACGUUGUAGUCAUGUGAUCAAUUUAUUUCCAAGCUGUCACUGUAUUGAGUUGUAUACCUACCUACAUACAGGCAGGCAAUGAAUGAAAACCAAUACAACUAUUUCAGCUGGAUAUAACAAUACUUGGAUUCUUACUUCAUAUCUCUGUCAAUAUGUCCGUUAGAGAAAGCUACACGAAGGCAGAUAACACCAAAAGUGAAUUUAGAGAAAAGACUUGGCCUCGGUUGAAGCCAAUUGGUGGAAGACAUGAACAUAGGCAUCAAUAUCCCAGAAUUGAUGAAAUAUUUCAAAAUGGGAAAUCUACCUCAACUGAAGAUUUCAAGGUAGAUCAAAAUGGGAAACCUCUAGCUGUGUUUAGAAUAACAAAUGGACUACAAGGGUCUAGUCCAGAACUGGAAAAUGGACACGGAACGAAAAUCUCGGACACAGAAAGUAUAACGAGUGAUUAUGAAGAAUAUGAAGAACAUUUUUAUGUUAGUGAAGAAUCAUUUAGAAAUGCCAAAGAAAAUCUUGGCGAAUCAAAGUGGUUUGUCGGACGGAGAGAUGUGUCCGAUGUGAAAACUUUGGACGAAAGCCGGAUUGUGAGCUCUAAAGGGACCGUGAGAGGGUUCAAAAAUAGAGUGCGGGCUGGUAUCGCAACAUUCCUGACGACUCCUGAAGAUAAAAUAAAGACAGAUAUGGUAAAAUCGGAAAAAGGCAAAUUGAUAUUCUAUACAACCAGUGUGAUGAUCAUCAGACAGACAUAUGAAAACUGUAAAAAAGUGAAGUCAAUUCUUCACAAUCAUCUCGUAGAAUAUGAAGAGAGAGAUGUAUUUAUGAGCACAGAGAACCAGAGAGAACUGAUGGAAAGACUUGGUAUAGAGGAGGUUCAGGUUCCUUUUGUAUUUGCUGAUGGUCAGUUGUUAGGGGGAGUUUCGGAGUUGGAGGAUAUGAAUGAGACUGGUGAAUUAAGAAAAAUAUUCAAACAUUUUAACAGAGUAAGUCAGCGUACAAGCUGCGAAAGAUGUGGCGGUUACCAAUGGAUACCAUGUUCAUCUUGUCACGGCAGUAAAAAGUCAUUACAUAGGAAUCACUUCACGGAGGAAUUCCAUGCUCUUCGCUGUAUAAUAUGUGACGAGAAUGGGCUCGUACGUUGUGAUGCUUGCAUGGAACCAAAAGACAAGAUCGAAGAGACAGAGGACGAAUGAAAAAUGAUUGUUAAAAUAACAGGUUGAUAUUCCAAUUCUCUCUAUGCUUAGAGAUGACACUAGGAUUUUUCAGAUCCUAUUGUAUCUAUCACUAAGGAUGAGAAAAGAAAGGACGUAUAUCACUUAAAAUGAGAAAUGAAGGGCCAUAUGCCAAUAAAGAUGGAAAAGCACAGAUAAAGAAGUGUAUUUCUAAGGAUGAGAAACGAAGAGACAUUAGUCACAAAGGAUGAGAAAAUAAUGGGUGUAUAUCUCUAUAAAUGAGAAAAGAAGGGAUGUAUAUCACUCAAGAUGAGAAAAGAAAGGGGGUAUAUUUCAGUCUAAGGAUGAGAAGAGAUGUGACUUACAACAAUAGUGAGACAUUAGAUAAGACAUCUGUAAGAGAUGCUCAUAUAUUCCUAGAUGGUAUUUCUACACUCCAGCUUUAUUGACAAUUAACAAACCUGUUUUGUGUUGUCUUUGUAUACAUUAUUUAAUGUCAGACAUCCA